CUAUCAAAGAUUAACUCCUCUUUGUUACUAUCUUUGAUUAGCGAAUUAAUUAACAUGUUCUGUGGUUUAUGAAGGGACGCGCUUUCAACGCGCCAUUUUCGUAGGAGAGACGCGAGUCAACGGUCUUGUUUCUUGUUAGUGAAGCUGCCCCAAUAUGAGUUCGUUGAAACUCCAGAAGAGACUAGCUGCCUCUGUUAUGCGAUGUGGCAAGAAAAAGGUUUGGUUGGAUCCGAAUGAAAUAAGUGAAAUCACUAAUACAAAUUCUAGACAAAACAUAAGGAAGCUCAUCAAAGAUGGGUUUAUUAUCAAAAAGCCAGUUGCAGUUCAUUCCCGUGCUAGAGUACGUAAAAAUGCUCUUGCACGUUCGAAAGGACGUCACUGUGGAUUUGGUAAACGUAAGGGUACUGCAAAUGCUAGAAUGCCAACAAAGGACCUGUGGAUUCAAAGAAUGAGAGUUCUUAGAAGGUUCUUGAAAAAAAAAAGGGAACAGAAAAAGAUUGACAGACAUCUUUAUCACACUCUGUAUAUGAAGGUGAAGGGUAAUGUUUUCAAGAACAAGAGAGUUCUCAUCGAUUAUAUAAAAAAAAAGAAAUCUGAGAAGAAGCGUACCAAACAGUUGACUGAUCAAGCUGAUGCCAGAAGAUUGAAAGUGAAGGAAGCACGCAAAAGGCGUGAAGAGAGGAUUAAGCAGAAGAAGGCAGAAGCUGUACAAAAUCUUACUAAAGAAGAUGAAGCAGCAGCUGCACUGAAGAAGUAGCUUAUGUGAAAUAAAAUUUUCGAAUAGUU